AUAUAUUUGUAGCUUCUGAUUCAUUUUCAGCUUUAGCCCUUGUUUCAAGGAAACAAAAAUUUGUACUUUCAAAUAUAAGCAACUCAACUUUCAAAAGAGUCAGACUUGAUAGCAAUAAACUCAAAGAAAAAACCUUUAAUUUUGUAGCAGAGUUAAAAACAAAUGCAGAAAAGUUGAUUGACAACAUCAAACAACAAGAAAAAAGUGAUGCACAAGAAUGCAAUCUUCAAGAUAAUAACACAAACAACAAGACAAAUUAG